CUGACAGACAGAUACUACUCAUUUUCCUCCUGCAGCUUCCAUGCACGGCGGCACCAGCGGUACAAGUGUGUUUCAAACAACCAGAGGUGGAAGUGCAGGCGACAGAGAAAGGGAGUUGCCUACGAGCAGAGGUCAGGCAGGCAAAGGGGGAAGCCGGUGGAUGUUUUUAAGAGUUUGCUUAUCUGACACUGACAACAGGAUGAGAAGCUGAGUGAGGGAGCAUAAAGGGGAAAACACACAGCAGGGCAAAAACAUGGAGAGGGCAGCAUUACCUGCACUGCAUUUAUAUAGGAGACAUAGGAGAAACAGGCACUGGCUGUCCUGAAAGAGGUAAAACAGAAAGCGAGGACAUUUACAGAGAAAAAAUAGUCCACUUUGUCCAUUCUGUCCAAAGGAGCGGGAGCGAGAGCCGAGGGAUCGUAACACUGGAGCUCAAGGAUAAACCAUGGACUCUGCAUACAUCCCACCACACCUGGACGUCCACCAUGUUCCCUGCUAACCUACUGCUCCUCAUGGUCCUGCUGCUACCUCAAGCCUCGUCUGGUCGCCAGGGUGGAGACACCAGCGAGAUCGACCAUGACAGGGUACCCCCCACACCUUCCACUUUGUUGCCCCGACCAGCCGGUUCCCCUCUGGAGCCCAGCCUGGCUCAGACCAUCCAGAGUCUCCUCCUAAGCCGGCUGGGCCUGCAGUCGCAGCCCGACCCUCGGCACGGAGUGCCAGUGCCCCGCUACCUUCUGGAUCUUUACCGCUUCCACCAGCAGCAGUUCCAUCUACUGGAGGACCCUUCCUUUAGCUUCCCCAGCCACCACAUCCAGGAGGCCAACACAGUACGCAGCUUUCACCAUACUGACCCCCUUGGAAACAGUCCUUCAGCAGACGAUCGUAAGAGAGUGAACAUCUCCUUCAAUAUCUCCUCCAUCCCACAGGAUGAGAAGGUGCUCUCUGCUGAGCUUCGGCUCCUCCGCAGUGACAGAGCCUCGCUGGGCCCUGGGCCCCAUAGACUAAACCUGUACCUCUCUGAGCACCAUGAGGACCCUGAACAUGCUCUGCUUGAGACAAGGUUACUCAACACAGGCCUCCACAGUCAUAAAGAAAGUGGCUUUUGGGAAGCGUUUACCCUAAGUGCAGAGCUCCUUCAUAAAGCCCUUGCUGGGAGUGGCAGCCUGGGCUUCCUCUUGGAGGUCAGACCAGAGAACAGCACCGCCUCUCUCCAUGACCAGAGUUUCCUCCCUGCUGCAGACAAGGAGGUGGAGGAGAAACACAAAGAGGCACACCUGAGGGUGUGCAGGUCUGUGGGGCAGGAUGAGCACAGCUGGGCCCAGGAGAGACCUCUCUUGGUGACUUAUAGUCAUGACGGGCGUGGAGAGCCUUUAGUCAAACAUGUCAGGAGGAACCAGAGUGGUGGCCAGAGGAUGAGAGGGAGAAAAGGGACCAAAGAUAGGACCAGGAGCAGCAGUAAGGGCCGCAAUAGAGACCAAGCCUGGGGGAGGGCCAAGAAGACGGGGUAUGCAGUGCCAGGCUGGGGAGGCGAUAAAAGAGGGGUCGGUUGGAGUGAAAGUGGAAGGGUUAAAAGAAAUGGAGGUCGUGCUGCAAAACUGAAACGCCUUUCCCGUAACAGAUGCCGCCGUCAUCCUCUAUACGUAGAUUUCAAUGAUGUGGGCUGGCACAAGUGGAUCAUUGCACCCAGUGGCUACGAUGCCUACUUCUGCCUGGGAGAGUGUCGCUUUCCUCUGGCCGACCACAUGAACUCCUCCAGCCAUGCCAUGGUGCAAACUCUGGUUAACUCUGUGAAUGGAGCAGUGCCGCGGGCCUGCUGUGUCCCCACAUCCCUCAGCCCCAUCGCCCUGCUCUACCUGGACCCUCAAGACCGAGUGGUACUGAAGAAUUACCAGGACAUGGCGGUUGAGGGCUGUGGUUGCCGGUAGUGGGGUCGAGGACUGGGGCCCAGAGAAAGUCAGACACAGACAAGGAAGCAUCGAGGGAACAGGAGAAAGACACUCAAGACAACUCACUGACGAUUAACAGCAUUAGCAAUACGACGAUGGCACCAGAAUGGCAUCUAAACUUUGUGUGACGUGUUGUUUAUGCAGUAUUUGAAGCAAGAGGUGGGGUGCAUCUGUUUUUAUGAAUGGAUAUAGUGCCAGACUGUCCCUGACAAGCACCCUUACAUCACAAGCUAUUUAAAACCACAACAAUAAUGCUGAGGACUUAUUAUGCUAUUGUUUGAAUGUACUACUAUCAUUAUUAUUUAAAAAAAGAGACUUUUUUGUACAUUUAUUUUGCAGACAUGAAGAAAAUCCAAGUGAUGGUUGUCUUGUGAUUAUACGUAAUUCCACUGAAUCGCGAUUCUAACUUAAAAGACACAUUAUGUAUUUAAAUAGCAACAAUAUGGCAUAUUUAAUCUUGAAAAUAUUUAAGAUAGCUGCACUCAACAGGACAUACAGCAAACUGAAAGCCUGCCUCCCACAUUGCGUAAGUUAUAGCUUUACAUCUGUACAAAUGUUAAGUGUAUUGAAUUAACCGUAUGUGUUACUUCAGCUGCCCACUUAAUCAUUGCAGAAAUGUUGGUGUACAACAAAAGAUAGCAGACAUAAGCGAAGUCGCCUUCACAAGCUCAACUAACCAGCCAGGUGAAAGCAAUAUGUAUUGUAGCUACUGAAUUGUGUAACAACAGGUGUCUUUGCUAGUUGUGUCUGCAUGUGUCAAGAAUUUAAAAAAGGACUGGGACUUUAGUGCCUUUCAAACAGGGGCUUAAAAAAUGUUCUCUGCUGAGCUUAGUAAUUGUUUUUCAGUGUCUUUUUUUCUGUCUGAGUGAAAACAUUUAA